AUGGAAGACGAAAGUCAGCCGUCUCUGCCCUCGUUUCCCGCACUUAAUAAUCCGCGGCUGAGGCUCAAUCAAGCACCACCCGCUCAUCUCUUUACUGAUUCCAGCGAGCCGGCUGCCUUUUCCAGCGACGAUGAUCCGUCUCUGGAAAGCUAUUCCCACCAUGGCCGUCGCAAGAAGCGACGGAUAGGAUCAUGGUUUCACCAGUCCUCGCAGCAGCAGCUAUCGUCCGAUCCCCCAUUUCCUGAAUUUGUCGAGGGGGCCGCGUCGCGUCCCAAGGCCAUCGCGCCUGGCGCCCCAAGGCAACUCAGGCGGGACAUGGACAGCGGUGUUUGGCUGGCCAGUGAUGACACGGUUGACAAAACAAUCGUACCUGACGAGCCUACGGCGGCACAGGCACCGUCUCCUUUGGUUCCUCGUGUCGCCAGUGGACUCCAUCGUUGUGCGAGUAUUCGCAACAUUUCGCCCGAGGAGAGCUUAGCUCAGAAAAUCAUUCAGGAUUGCAUCGAGGAGGGUGAUGAGGACGUUAAUAUUGCGAGCUUGGGUCUUGAGAGCAUCGCUGCUUCAACUAUUCAACCGCUGUCUGGGUUUCAACUGAUUCCUACCGUGGUCGAAGAUGUUCCGUUCGAAGCACGAGAUAUUAAACUCAAGCUUUACCUGGGAAACAACCGUCUGGCGAGGGUCCCGGCUAGCAUCUGUGAUCUGAGCUUUCUGACAGUUUUGAGCCUGAGGGGCAAUGGCUUGAAAGAGCUCCCUCCUGGAAUAUCUCAACUCCGCAAUCUGGAGCAACUAAACAUUGCUCAAAAUGCGUUACGAUGGCUACCGCACGAACUUCUUGAGCUCAUAACCACGAGCAAAAAGUUGGAGUUUCUCUCCCUUCACCCAAAUCCAUACUGCCAGCCUGAAAGCAACAGAGACGCGGGUCAGACACCGGAAUAUAGGACCAUCUCUUUCUCUGAAGGGGCUUCCAAGAGGGAUUCUUACGCAACAUGGUCAGCUUUCUCUGGAAUCGCGGGCAGCCAUGGUGGAUGCCUCGUCGCCAGAUCGCCGAUGCAAUACGUGGACGGUCUUGGUCGGCCCUGCAACACAGAUAUUGUCAACUUGGACGAGGGCUCCUGGUUGCCGGCUGCCGAUCUAUACUCAGAGCCGGCCAAGCCGCCUGCCACCUUCGAUGACGCUCCUCCCACCCGGGCACGGUCGCUUUUGGAGCUAGCCCUCGAAUCGUGCAGUCAGGCGUCGACCAGCACUUCCACGGACCUGCGCUCGCUCAUGCCUGACACGUCGCCGGCCCAUCUUCUGGAAUUGCUGGAUCGCAUCGAUCAGCUUCGUGACGCGGGACCCCAGCGCUGCGCCCGACCAGGUUGCGCUAAACGCCAGAGCAUGGUCAUUCCUCGUGUCCAGUGGCUGGACUGGUGGGUUUUGGGCAAAUACCAUAUUCACAAGACCGACAAAGAAACAGGCCAGCUUGUUAGCGAGCCCGAGGGCGCCGAAGUGCAGGGUACCGAUUGGUCUAUAAACCUGGCCGCGUCUGCUGCAACACUGGUUCCUGUCAUGUCGAAGGGGUGUUCGUGGCGUUGUGUACCUGAGGUCCCCGAGAAGACCAUGCCGACGCCCAAAUGUGACUCGAUAAUGAUUGUUCACCGCAACUGA